AUGGUAGCGCUCAGCAAGGGGUUCUACUACGCGUGGAACCAGUACCACCUGCUUGACUGGAUCGUCCUGGCCAUCCUGGUCCUCAUCACCACGAUCGUUACGAUUUCGAUGAAGCCGUACUGUCGAGACUUCUCGUGGAAUGACACCACUAUCGCGCACCCGAGCCAUGCAGACACGUUUCCCGACUACUCGCUGGCACUCAUGGUGAUGUUUUCCGUCGCGUUUUACGUGAUAUUCAUCUGGUACCUCGUGCGCCCGCUGCAGGAGUUCUUCGGUGAGCCGCUGGACUGGUAUAGGAUCGGCGGUGCUGACGCCGGCACAAGCGGCGAGGGCAGCGAGUACGCAGAUGUCGACACUGUAGCGAACGCGAGGCAGCUGCGUGUCCGCGACAUGCAGACUGGUCGUGGACUGGUGUAUCCGUGGCUGCGUGCACAGCUCUGGUCUGUUGGAAUGGAGUCCUGCGUGACAGCGGUGCUCAAACUGUACGCCGGCCGGCUUCGGCCGGACUACCUGAGCCGGCUCAAGGCAGCUGGGUACACGAGCUCGAUGUCGCAUCUGCCCGACCCGCAGACGAACCCUGACUACUACUGCGCCCUCAUGGAUGCCCACCCGGCGCUGAAGGAGGGCCGGCUAUCUUUUCCAUCCGGGCACAGCAGCACGUCCUUUGCGGUGUGCACAGUUCUCUCUCUCUUCUUCGUCGCCCAUCUGCGGCCAUUCGCGCGGCACGCCAGCUUUACCCGGCUUAUUAUUUGCCUGUUGCCGAUCUCUGUAUCGCUCGUGUGUGCGGUGAGCCGCACGCGCGACAACAAGCACCAUUUUUCUGACAUCGUCGCCGGGUCGCUGAUCGGGGCCGUCUCCGCCUUUCUGUCGUUCCACGGUACCUUUCGGCAGGUGGGCGGAGCGACUGGCAUCUACUUUGCCCGCACCGCGAUGGACAUCGAGUAUGAUCAGUUGCGCGAGUGGAAAUCACCUGGCGCCAGCGAAGGCAGCAGUGCUGGCGUGGAGAUCUCUAGUCCUGGCGGCAGCAGUAUGAACUACCAAUCGACUAACAAGAGGGAAGAAGGCCCGCGCUGUAGGUCUGCGUCGCCGAUAAACAGGAUGAGCGACGCUGUCGUGACCAUCAACGACUCGGUACGGAGGCCGACAGGGCUGACGGAACGGCGGCUGAACGAGGACCCGGCGGCCGUUCCGUGGAUCUAG